AUGGCCCGGCCCGGCAGCACCCGAACCACGCGGAGCAGCCGCUGCAGUGCCCGAGCUCAGGUGCCUCAGCAAACUCACACUUCUCUCUUCCUCCUCCGGGGGUCUCUCCCAGAUCCAUUCCAUGUCACUGGACCCCCCAACCCCAUCACCGUGGCCAAGGGCGAGAACGUGGUGCUGCCCUGCGGCUUCUCCCCAGGGCAGGAUGCACUGGACACGGAGGUGAUCUGGUUUCGGGAGCAGUUCUCGCCCUUUGUGCAUCGCUACAAGUGGGGCCAGGACCAGUACGGGGAGCAGAUGCUUCAGUACCAAGGGUGCACUGAGCUGCGGAAGGACGGCCUUUGCAAGGGCAGUGCGGACUUGAAGCUUUUCCAUGUCCGACCAUCUGACACAGGGACUUACACCUGCUUUGUUCGCCGUGGCUCACAUUACGACGAGGCUCAAGUGAAGCUCAAGCACCCAUGUUUUCCAUUGCCUCUGACCUGUGGUUCUUGUGUUUUUUUUAAAGCAUGGAGAAGACACGCAGUGCCUAUUGAAGAAGGGAACGUGGUUCUGGAUCCAGACACAGCCCACUGUGAGCUUGUCGUGUCUGACAAUGGCAAAAGUGUGACACGAGGUGACCCACGAGAGGACAUCCCUUACACCCCCAACAGAUUUGAUGUGUGGCGCUGCGUUCUGGGCCGUGACGGCUUCACCUCGGGGAGACACUACUGGGAUGUGGAGGUGGCAAAUGUAGGAGAAUGGAGCGUGGGAAUUUUUAGAGAAAAUGUGGAAAGGAAGGGUGAUAUUGAGCUUAAACCAGAGAAAGGCAUCUGGGCAGUGGGGAAACAGGCACCAGUCUUGAAAGCUUUCACCUCCCCUCAUCCUAUUUUC